AUGAACGCGACCUUCCUGAACCACAGCGGCCUGGAGGCGGCGGGCGGCUUGGGCGGCAGCGGCGGGGCCGCCCUGGGGAACCGCAGCCACGGGCUGGGCACGGGGCUGGGCUGCUGCCCCGGGGGCGCGCCGCUGGCCGCCAGCGACAGGGUCCCCGCGGGGCUGGCGCCCGACGAGCGCAGCCUGGGGGGGUCGCGCGGGGCGCAGAUCGCUGUGCUCGGCGUGCUGUCGCUCACCGUGGUCUUCGGCGUGUUCUUCCUGGGCUGCAACCUGCUCAUCAGGUCGGAGAGCAGGAUCAACUUCCUGGCGCAGGAGCGCCGGCCCUCCAAGGACGUGGGCGCCGCCAUCCUGGGGCUGUACUGAGGCCGCCCGGCCCGCAAGCAGACGAGAGGGACACCAGGACCCUCGUGCCCCGCGCGGGCUCCGCCGGCCGCGCGAGGGACAGCCACGGACCUCGGGCCCCCUGCCCCCGCCAGGACCCGGACACCGCGGGACUCGAGGCGGCGGCGCGGAGAGGGUCGUCCACACCCGGCUGGUGCUGUGUGCGCCUCGGCGUGGCCGCGUGGGAGAGGUCGUGCGAGGCCGCCCGGGGCCGCGGUCACGUGCGUGGGAGUUUGGGGGUCUGUAGAUGGGGGGGGGGGAGUCGUUGGAGAAUCCGAGUCGCUGAGCCUUGUCGGCCUGAUGUCGCCUUUGAGAAGAAACCUUGUAAUAAAACUGCAGCCGUCGGGCUUCCGGCCGCUUCCAGCGGCACCUCGCCGGGGUGAAUGAGAAGGAAGAUGGCUGAAGCCCUUCUUGGCUUUGGGAAGAGAAGCGAAGGGAACACAGUCCCCUGUCUUCAGCACCUAGUUCCACACCGG